GUAUCAAGCAGGAGCUAUUAAAAUAUGACGAAUUAAUGGGAAAAGCAACAACGAAGCUCACUGAUGAAGUCUAUCAGAUGACAUCUGACUAUAUUAUCGUCAGUGCUAACUACGAAACAACUACCGAGAAAAUUGGCAUCAUCAAGGGCAAAUUCAGUCAGAUUUGGAAGAAAACUGGCAAUUCAUAUUCAAUUUACCAUGAUGAAUUUGAAAUGAAUUGA